AUGGUAGUUGGAGAAGGUUCGGGGUUCAUUGACUACCGGGACCCCGAAGUAAUUUUAAAAAUCCCCAGUUACGAAGCUAGGAUGUUCUUCUGGGAAAGACUGUUUAAUAAUGAAAUGUUAAUAAGAAUGGGGGAAGAUGUGGCGUGGAUCCCCAUUCCUGAAGGAAGGAUACGUAUUGAACUUGAAGUUGGAGAAGUUGGAGAAGGUGGAGAAGAAGGUGAAGAAGGUGACUUGGGGAGAGAACGAAGUGCGGAUACUGGACGUGGAGGUAGGGAAAAUCGUGGUGGAACUAGAAGAGGUGGUGAUCGAAGUUGUAGAGGUAAAUUUGGAGCUAGAGGAGGUUCAAAGUUAUCAUUGAACCACAUAGACAUGAUGUUUAUUUAUGUAGGGAGUUUUGUUGCACGCGGCAAAGAGAAUCUUCUUGUUACCGAAAAUCUCGUAGUUGAAGAACCAAUUUGUGGGGAAAAAAGAAUUUUGGUAGAAGAUAAAGAUGGGAAUAAAGUAGAAUAUCGAGUUUGGAAUCCAUUUCGUUCGAGAUUAGCUGCUGACAUUCUUGGUGGUCUUGAUAAUAUAUAUAUCUCAUCUAAAUCGAAAGUAUUAUAUCUUGGAGCAAGCAUCAGGAACUACGGUAUCACAUGUUGCCGAUAUCGUUGGCCAGCUCACGGCAGCGGUAGCUGCGGUGAACCGGUGAACAACAGUAUUAAGGAAUACUGUGUCGCUACCGAGAAAUAUACGGACGGUGGUUUACACGUUCACGCGUUUAUUCAAAUGGAACGUAAUUUUGAAACGCGUAAUGCCCGCUUCUUUGAUGUUGUAGAUAAUCAUCCAAACGCAUCUCCUCGUAGCAAGACUCCUCGCGUUACGACCCACAGGUGUGGGAAGUCACAUUAUAUUUAUGAAAACUAUAAAGAAGAUUAUUACAAGUUACCGGCUGUGACAGGAACUGUCGUAGGGUUUCCAAAUUAUUUUGGAUAG